AUGCGAGUUGAAAGCGGCCAGUUGAAACGGGCUGCCCCUCCGAAGAAGAGGCGUAAGCGGCCACGCCACAGCAAACUCCGUGCGAGUGCCAUCUUGAAGAUCGAACGAGCCCUCUUUCUACGCCCAUCGCCGAUCGGCCAUCUUUUCCACCGUCUCGACAGCGAGGGGACGCCAGAAGCGAAGCUAUCGGAAAUUUGCAUUUGUUUGAAGCUGCCGGUGGAUGAGAUAAUGAAUCUGUCCUAUAAUAGUUUGAUGAGUUUCAACAGAAACACCGUGCACUUCACCGUUGGCCGUGAUGCGGAUGGACACUGGGCCAUCACCCAUCGACCCACCUAUCCGGUGAAGGCCGACCGAAUGAUUUUUGUGGACCGUCUUCCCACAACGGCAAAUCCUGCCCGGCUGCGUCGAGAGCUGCGUAAAUACGGCAAUGUCGUCCGUGUCUGGCUACCAGUGCGCCGCAUUCCAGUGGACGCAAGAAUCGUUUCGACAUUCACCCAGCCGAAGCGCCCCAGGGGCCACGCAUGGGUCGAAUUUACCACCACCGAAUCGGUGCGCCGGAUCUGCUGGGAAUAUGCAUACAACCUGCCAUACACUUUGCGGCGCGUUAUGCUCAGGAAGAAGCUUAUUGUUGAGAAAGAACGGCAGCUUCGAAAGCGGGAAUCUCAAGCUCUCAUGGCCGCAGCGGCAGCGGCGGCGGCAGCCGCGGAGGCGAAGCCAGAAAAUAAGGACAUGCCGUCGACAAGCUCGACCCCUGCGAAAGACGGACAGGUGCGCAAGGCGGCAGCAAGAAGGUCAACGCGCUGCAAGUUGGUCUCGCCCCAAGCCCCGGUCCGGAAGCCCGAAUUCGUCUCGCCAGCACCCAUCGUUGAACGUGCACGGCUGACCUCCACGUCCAGCGUCGAAACGAACGACCGACCGCGCCGAUCUGUCGAUUCUGCGCCGAAGCGUCCACACAAGAAGCCGACCGGGGACUGCACACCCGCGAAGUGGCGCUUGCGUAAAAAGAAGAAAAGGGAGCCGCACGACCCGCAGCACAAGUCGCCGUUCAUCCGAGGGGCUGUCUCCAGAUACUUUCGUCGCAUGCAGGUCCUCUCAUUCCGCACCUAUCGGCAGCUACGCGGCGGAUACAACUCCGUUUAUCGCAAAUCAAGACGCAAGAUUCCGAGUCGUAUGCGCAUUAGCCACAAACGCCUGACGGCCGAGCGCGACGCCCGCUGGUCCCUUGAUAAUGGAGACGAAUCUGACGGUUCCGAUGUCGACAUGGCCGAGCUCGACGAU